AUGUCCCGUCUGGAUGCGAUGCCUUCCUCUUUGUCCAAAGCAUCCCGCCGCAGGCUGCGGAGCCCAUCGGAGCACGCAGAUCUGAUGGAGCCUAACCACACCUUUCCGGGGAACUGGAGCGUCCCCGAAGACCCUUUCAUCGGCCUCCAGCUCCUGCUCCGGUUCAAGCCGUUCUUUGUGCCUCUCUACUGCCUCCUGGUGGCGGUGGCGUGCCUGGGCAACUGCUUCCUGGUGCUCUGCAUCGUGGCCGACCACAAGCUCCACAACGCCACCAACUUCUUCUUGGGCAACCUCUCGGUGGGCGACCUCCUCAUGUGCCUGGCCUGCGUGCCCCUGACCGUCUCCUACGCGUUCGAGCCCCGUGGCUGGCUCUUUGGGCCCGCCAUGUGCCACGCCGUGGUCCUCCUGCAGGCCGCCACGGUCUACGUCUCGGUCCUCUCGCUCACUGCCAUCGCCGUGGACCGCUACGUGGUGGUGGCCUACCCGGUGCGGCGGCGCAUGGCCUUGCGCUACUGCGGGCUGGUGGUGGCGGCCAUCUGGGCGGCCUCUCUGGUCUUGGCGGUGCCCCCGGCCCUGUACACGACCUACCUGGACCUCAGCAGCAUCGGGCACGAGCUCUUCAUCUGCGAGGAACUCUGGGACCGGAUGGAGACGCAGCGGCUGCUCUACUCGUGCGCCAUGCUCUUCGUCAGCUACAUGGUCCCCCUCUUGGCCGUCACCGUCUCCUACUGCUCCAUCUCAGCCCACCUCCGCCGCCGGGGCGUACCCGGCUUGGCCAGCUCCCACCAGGGCCAGUGGAACAGGCAGAAGCACAGGACCUUCGCCCUCUUGGUGGUCUCCGUGCUGGCCUUCGCUUUCUGUUGGAUGCCCCUCCAGGUCCUCAACCUGGUCCGAGACCUGGACCCCAACUUCUCCGUCCUGAGCAAGCGGUACAUCAAUGUGGCCCAGCUCUCCUGCCACCUCAUCGCCAUGUCCUCCGCCUGCUACAACCCCUUCAUCUAUGCCUCCCUCCACCGCAAGUUCCGGGCCCACCUGUGCGGCUACUUCUGCCGCAGGGGGGAGGGGAGGGGCGAGUCGGUCCACACCGACCCCCGCGAUACCAGUGCCCGGGGCACAACUGCAGUGUGA